AUGCGUUUCGCCGCUGUUACCCUUGCCCUUUUCGCCGGCCUGGUUGCCGCUCUCCCCAACGGCGCUGAGUCCACUGUCUACCAGACCGAGGAGGUUACCAUCACCUCGUGCGCUCCCACCGUCACUAACUGCCCCGGCAACGCCAGCGGUGCUACCUCCGCUCCUGCCAUCACCACCUCCGUUCCCGCUGGUGGUGUCUCCCCCGUCGGCAGCUCCUCCGUCUCCAGCAUCCCAGUUGUUGUUCCCAGUUCGGUUUCCGCCCCCGGUGUUCCUUCCGUGACUGUUGUCCCUGUUGUCUACACCACCUGCGCUGCUGUGACCUCCUGGUCCACCGUUGCUGUUCCUCCUGCCUCCACCCCCGCUGCCUCCAGCGUUCCCUCCAGCGUUUCCCCCGUCAGCUCCGCCACCGCCGUGCCCACUUCCACCCCCGUCUUCAACGGUGCCGGUGCUCUGUCUGGCUCCCUUGGCUUCGCUGGUGUUGCCGCCGCCGCCGCCUUCUUCCUGGCAUAA